CGAUAGUGCACUCCGGAAAAUAUCGGGGCAUCGAUUCUGGAACCGAUUUAGACGAUAAACAAAAACGGCGUACGCGGCCACACUGCUGUCAGAAAGAAUUUUCGUUCCAUCUAAAUUCGAAGCGGCAGAGAGUCGCAUCAGCAGUCCCAGUCAGCAGACCCACCACACCACCCACUACGUAACCAGAAUGGCCGGCUUUCGCGAGGACGCCCGUGGCGAGGACACGGAGGUAAACGGCUGGAUCCGCUUCGGACUUCGGCUGGGCGUCAGCGCCGCUCUACAUCCGUUCGAGUACUCCAAGACGCUUAUUCAGCUAGGCUACGAGCCGAUCGCCCCGAUGCCCGGCAAGUCGCUGCUGGGCAAGCCGAUCAUGAAGCUGCCGAACAUCUUCCAGUACGCGGGUCACAUUCGGCGGAUUGACGGCUUCUACGGUUGCUACCGCGGACUGGCCCCCAAGCUGGUGGGCUCCCUAGUGGCCAUGGUGGUGAGCGAAAGGGUGGCCGACAGUCUGGGCCUGGAGCAGCCCGAAGAGAUCAAGGACGACUCGCAGAAAAGGAAAGAGGAAGAGGAAAUGUACAUCCAGUUUAAGUCCAGCCUAAAAAGGGACAUCGUGCUGACCGUGACUGGAAUCGUAGCCUCACAUCCCUUCCACGUGAUUUCGCUGCGCAUGAUGGCACAGUUUGUGGGACGCGAGACCUUGUACACUUCCAUUGUUGGCUCGGUCGCAGAGAUCUGGAAGACUGAGGGAAUUGCGGGCUUUUUUGCAGGCCUAGUGCCAAAGCUGUUGUGUGAUGUGGCCUGCCUCGUGCUCAGCAGCUCCACUAUAUACAUCCUCAACAAAUACGUAAUCAAGGACAAAUUGGGAAGGCAGUACAACGCUGGCUUCACGCAGUUCGCCGUGUCGAGCCUGCUGUAUCCGCUGCAGGUGGUCUCCACCUGCUCGACGGUGAGUGGCUCUCGCCUUAUGGCUGGGCAGCCGCCCAUUAUGCCGGCAUACAAAAACUGGGUUGACUGCUGGAAUGACUUACAAGUUCGCGGUGAGCUUAAGCGCGGCAGUUCCCUUUUCUGGCGGUCCCAGGCGAUCAGCUCUCCGGCUGUCGCCACCUCCUUUGCGCCUUUGCCCAAGCUGGUGCGAUACCAGUAAGCGCCGAAAUCGCGACUAGACGACCAUAAACAGCCAUGGCCCCGAAGUUUCUACUUUAACUGCCUAGUUGCGUUUGCCCUGCAUUUCAAUGGUACCUCGACGACGAGCUCCAACCCAAGACAACUGCAUUUUUUCUUCUGUCUAAAAAAAGCCCCAACUCUGUUAAUACAAGUUAACAACUACCUGUACAAGUUGAAGUGUCUGCAUUCCAAUCGUGGUUGCUUAGUCCUGCGCAUUGCAUCCCUGCGCUGUUCAUAUUAAUCUUCACGUUCCACUUGCAUUGAAUUUCUUUUCCGAUGAAAUAGUUGACAAAAGCUUUUGGCAAUUAUGUAGAGGCUGCGGCAUUAUUCUUGUUACGGUUCGUUGCAAUACUGAAGAAAUAAAUUUUUUCCCUUCCAGUGGAAGUAAAAUAUA